CAACUACCUCCGAUCUCCCCCACUUCAGAUUUCGCUUUUAUCUGCAUUUUCUCUCCAUCUCUCGCCCAUCUCUCAAGUUCUACUCCUCUGCAAUUUCUUUUUGAAUUAAGGGAGGCUCCUCUCAGACUCUGCUUCAACCAGUAAGCUAGUAAUUGUAAAAUAUUUACAUUUUCAUAACCUGUUCAUCUUUUUUUUUUUUUUUUAAAUUGUUGGAUUUUGCAUCUGGGUCUGUUUUCCUUGAGAUUUGAAGGAUGUACAUUUGGUUUCUCCAUUAUUUCUAUAAUGGGUUAUCAAUGGGAUCGAACGGUUUUCCUCUAACUUCUCAAUUUUGAGUGCUCGGAUUGAGUUAGUGUUUGUCUCCUUGAGCUUUUAAGUUACAGUAAUGGUGUUUUUGUUGUACUUUGAUACGAUUGUGAUUCAUAGGGGUUAAUGUUGGUUUCAGUUUGAACUGAUUUGUGUAUGAUAAUAGCUGGGGUGGUUGUUCUUGGAUUGAUCUACACUGGCUUCGAGUUUGUUCAUUAUGUAAUGUGUAUCAUUGGGGAUGUUUGAAUUAGUGUUCAUUUUAGUAUGGAAAGUGUGUUUGUUGAGUCUUGGCAUGAUGGUUGAUUGAGAUAAUGACUACUUUCAAUAGGAGUAAAUCAUUCAACCAGAAGGCUUUGGGCGUUGGGAGCCCAAGAUCUUUGAGUUUUGGAACCUCAAGAAUAAAUCGAUCAAGCUCAGUAUCUCACUGUUUGAGGGUGCUUGUUGUUAUUGGCUCUUUGUUUUCAUUUUUCAUAGCCAUUGGGGGUGGUUACAUUUAUGUGCUUCCAAGUUUCACUCAAGCCUUUCAUGGUUAUGGGAUAUCUAAAUCCAAUGAUUCAAUAGGAGAUUGCAAUGUUUUUGAUGGAAAUUGGAUUGUAGAUAAUAGUUAUCCUUUAUAUAAUGCUUCAGAAUGCCCUUUUGUAGAACAAGGAUUCAAUUGCUUGGGAAAUGGAAGGAAGGAUGAAGAUUAUCUUAAAUGGAGGUGGAAACCCAAGAACUGUGAUAUUCCAAGGUUCAAUAUAUAUUAUAUAUUGACAUUGUUUCAAAAUAAAAGGAUUGUCUUUGUUGGUGAUUCUAUGAGUAGAUCACAGUGGGAAUCAUUAAUAUGUUUGCUUAUGACUGGUGUAGAGGAUAAGAAGAGCGUUUAUGAGGUCAACAGGAAUAAGAUAACAAAACGGAUUAGAUAUUUAAGUGCUCGGUUCAACUCAUUUAAUUUCACAAUUGAGUUCUUUCGAUCGGUAUUCUUGGUGCAACAUGCUUGGAUGCCUAGACAUGCACCAAAGCGGGUUAGAUCAACACUUAGAUUGGACAAGAUGGAUGAUAUUAGUAGUGAGUGGGUUAAUUCAGAUGUUCUCAUAUUCAACACGGGACAUUGGUGGGUGCCAGGGAAGCUUUUUGAAACGGGCUGCUAUUUCCAGGUUGGGAAUGCGUUGAAGCUUGGAAUGUCGAUUCCUGCUGCCUUCAGAAUGGCACUGGACACUUGGGCAUUAUGGGUACAGAAUACAAUUGACACAAAUAGAACACGUGUCUUCUUUAGGACUUUCGAGCCAUCUCACUGGAGUGAUCAAACCCAUAGGUUUUGCAAUGUGACUAGGCACCCAAUGUCAGAAACUGAAGGGACGGACAGAAGCCUAUUUUCAGAUGCCACCUGGGAGGUGGUAAAAAAAAUGACGGUUCCUGUAACCAUACUUCAUAUUACCGCCAUGUCAGCUUUCAGGAGUGAUGCACAUGUUGGCAAGUGGAAUGACAACUUAUCUAUAGCUGAUUGUAGCCACUGGUGUUUACCUGGAGUACCUGAUAUGUGGAAUGAAAUUUUACUCUAUUUCUUGCUAUAUCAACCAUAGAUUCUCUCUCCAAUGAUGAUUUUCUCUCAUCGUUGCAGAUUCAAAAACACAUACAAAUCUGAUUACUUAUUGAUACCUGCUCAAGAAACUACCAGCCUCGGAUCUGUAAGCAGUGCUUGUCUCAAUUGCAAAUCCAGAACAAUGGAGCAUCUGGUUUGGAUUUCUAUUUCAAUUAUCCCUUGGUAUCAUAGGCAGUUGCUGGAAGUAUCCUUCAAAAGUUGAGUUUGCAUGGGUUUUGAGGGAAGAUAUAGAGUUAGAUGGAAGAUGCAGUUUUUAUAACAGAUAUCCAUUUUUUUCAUUCUUUUUGUUCAUUAUGUGUGAAAGUCUUGUCUUAAAUAUGUAACAAUUUUGUCCACUUAUUCUUUUGUUAAAAAUUUUGGUGAAGAUGAUACUACAUUUGAUUAUGAUAAAAAGAAAAAGGGAGAAAAUGGAACAGAAAUUGAGUAUCAUGCUUUGCUGUUUUCUACUUUUGUACUAUUGCUUAGGAACAUAUUCAGUAGCAGCUCCUGUUUGCAUGGGAAACACGAUGGGGAAAAUAUGUGAAAUGUUACAUAUCAUGGAAUAUUUUUUUGGAAA